GCCUCUCACAUUCCCACAUGCGCUUUGGAGGAAUUGGAUGAAGCUUCCGCGUCUCUCCGACUCAGAGGAAUAAAAAUACGCUUUACUCGGCGUUCAACGUUUUUCGUUCAGACAGAACAACUUGAUGCCGAGACUUUCUACAAGAGAGUUGUAUAUUUUUUUCUUUUCUUUUUACGUGAACUCGAGUUUUUGGAUGAAUAUCGGGGGAGAGUUUUACGCCCAGGAGGGACUCCACAUCAGCGGCUUUUGCAGUCUUUUCCCCACUCUAUGAAACAAGGAAUAUUUUCCGCAGGGAAAUUACAACCUGAGCGUUUACGACUUUAAAUAGGCGGAAUGUUUUAACGGAUUUCCCUCGAGUCGUAACAAGGAGCGCCCUCAUUGUGCUGAGCGCACGUCGUCUCCGUAUGGCGGAAAACGUGCACCGCGGUGAAUAAAGUCAACACCAUAAGACACUUUAAAAGCUCCCAAACCCAAUUGAACUGUGCUGCUGUUCCCAAGCCCUGCACGGGAGCUGAACUGCCUCAUGUCAUUUGAAUUGUUGACGUCAUGGCAUUUCAGUGGAAGUUGCUUUCAAAUGGCUUUUUACUUUCCCCCAGGUUAUAGCCUAUACCCUUUCCCUGCCUAAUGGCACAGUGACAGUGAAACGCUCGGAUCUUUGCAAAGGUUAAGUAUGACUGCAGCAGCAGGUGUGCUAACAGGCUUGGCUAAGCUAAAACGCCAAGACUCCGUCCGCUCUCAGCACCGGCCCUUACCUACAUCGCCGGGCCUGGGAAACUUGGCCUCAGAACCUGCACCCAGAAAGCGGAAGCGACGCACCGAUGUUGUAGUAGUACGUGGUAGGCUCCGCCUCUACUCCGCCUCCGGGUUUUUCCUCCUCCUUGGACUGGUCAUCUUGGCCGUAGGGAUCGGCAUGGCGACGCUGGGUUACUGGCCGCACGGUGAAACCAUGUCCUCGGCCAGACUGCCGGCCGGUGGAGGAUCUAAGCCAGCAACUGCUGUAGGAACAUCUGGAGGAACAUCUGCCACAGGAGAAGGAAACAGAGUCAUGGUGGCCGUCACAGACAAGGACGUGGCAAACUCCAGCACGAGUCAUAAUGUUCAAGGUACGCCCUCCAAGCAAACCGGAGGCGCUCUGACACGGUUCCUGGAACAGCAUCGUCACUCUGAGAGGAUGAAGAUGUUCGGGCCCUUCACAAUGGGCAUUGGGAUUUUCAUCUUUAUCUGCGCUAAUGCCAUUCUUCAUGAAAACAGAGACAGAGAAACUAAGAUAAUCCACAUGAGAGACAUGUACUCCACCGUCAUUGACAUCCAUCGCCUCAGGCAGAGAGAGCAAAAACAACACCAUCACCGCAACAGCACCUAUGCAAGAGAAGUUGGGGAUCUUCGAGCGUUUGGAGCUGAUAACGCAGCCCGGUUGGCCAGCAACUCUCCCCUGGCGUAUUCUUCUCGGGCCGGAGGGGGAGGCUCUACAGAAGAAGAGGAGGUGCUGUUAGGGGACGAGGAGUUUCACAGACACAGGGGGCAGGCUAAACUGGAUUGUAGCUUUGCGGGGCUGCUGGCGCCGCUCUACAAGGAUCGCCCCUUCUACGGCCCGGGCCUCGGCCUGGCUCGCUCGGUGGACGGAGAUAGGGGGAAGGAUGGACACCAUGCACGCUCUAUUGUUUCAUCCUCCAUAUCUGCACUUACGCUCCCUGUUAUAAAACUCAACAACUGUGUUAUUGACGAGCCGGAGAUGGAGGCGAUUACUGAGGAGGAGAGAGGAGGAGAGAGGAGAGGCGGGCACACGUCACAGCCUCUGAGCUCCAUGGAGUCUCUGGUGGUUCCUGUACCAUCUGUUGCAAAGGCCUCCAAACCACCAAGCUUACACCGGAGUAACUCGGCCUCCUCUUCCUCUCACUGCUCCUCUGUCUCCUCUUGCUCCCUUUCCCCUGCUCCCUCCUCUACCUCAGGCUGCUGGCUCUCCCCAGGAGCAGCGAGGAGUGACUUUGGCUCCAACUCCUCCUUGCACAUGCUCGGCAGCCACUCCAAAUCUCUGGACCUGGAGCGAAGGCCGAGCAUGCUCAGCGUGCACCCCGAGCAGCGCAAGCACCCCAGCUGGCCCCGCCUCGACCGUAGCAACAGCAGCUGUAGUAACAGUGGCAAUCGGGGCAGCAGUAAAGGCUACAUGCGGCUGGAGGACAGGGAAAGCGAGCAAGGGGAGCGGCUGUUGGAUGCGUCUAUGUCUGUUACAGACAGGCGUGACUACAGUAAGCGGGAGAAGCUGUUAAUGAUAUCCAGGUCGCAUAACAAUCUGAGUUUUGAGCAUGACGAGUUCAACAGCAGUACACUGAAGAGGGGAAGCUCCGAGACUCGAUUCUGAAGAUGCUGAACUAAAGGUAGAAGACAGUUCUGUAAAUUGCUCUCCAGACAGUAUAAGUGUACAGUGCAUUUUUGUCAGGGGAAAACGAAUGAAACAGCUGCACCCGGGAGAGAGGAAACCUUAACGUGGUUUCAAAGAAACUUUUUUUGAGCAGCAGUAGUGAGUCAUGGACCAUCUUGCGCAGUAGAAGGUUCAGGGACGCUAAACGCCUGCUGUUCCAGGUCCAGAGGUGCUGUUCUAUAUUUGACCCUGACCUGUGAGCUCUGUUGAGUGAAGCGUUCCCUACAGGGAUCAACGAAAAAAUAAAUCACAUCAUCAGUCUAGUUGAUUGUGUUAAAUGCUUUCAUUCCAGCGGCUGUUGGUGAAAUCAAGGACACACUGGAAGUGCUUUGAGUUUUACCCUCCGCAGGUGGCAGUUGACACAAAGCCAAAUCUUUUAUAAUAAUGUCACAAGGUACAACCUGAUAAAUAAGUAUGGACAGUUAAAUAUCACAAUCCAAGAACCUUUGAAAACAAAGCUUCAAAGUGCUUAAUAUGGUUGUAUAGAUGCACUGAGGCUAAUAAUGACCAUUUUCAACUGAUCUACUGGUCUCGACACAAAAACAGAUCUGAAAACUUGACUCAACCAGAAUCAGCUUGUAACUAAUAGCCUGGUGUAAACCUAUCAAAGAACACGUAAUGGUCUACUGCAUUGACUCUAAAAGACAUGUAUUAGUACUACAGUAUUUGCUUAUAACGUGGUUCAUGUGAGCCUGGGAAAACCCUGACGAACUUCCGGCAAAUUUGAGAUUUGCUCUGCAAGUCAGUCUGGCCAAGUACACAUUCAAGCCCAUUUUAAAUGUUUCCAAAUCGAGGCACCAAUCACAACCGUUGAGGCGGGCUUUACACGAUGACAAUAGUGCGGCGACGGCAAGCAGCUAGUUGUUUACAUUCAACAUGACGCCUACUGAAGCGCAACAACCCGUUGAUGCCGCAGUCGCUGCUAUGUCACCCGAAUCGUUGGCCUGAUUGGUUGAAGGACUAUCCAAUUGCGCUCAGAGGCAUUUGAGUGGCGUCCGUUGGUGACGCCCUUUUGGAAAUGAGUUGCAAAUGAACCUUCCCCAGACCCACUUUCAGUUACAACUGAGAAGGGUCUGGUGUCAACCAGGCAAGCUUUGUGUAUGUUUGUGUGUCUGUUUGAUCCUCAGAUCGUAGCAGAUGUGGAGACACACACAACCACACAAGUCAAACAAAACCACUUACUGUAACGUAUAGCACAGAUACAGUAUGAGUUAAAUCAAGAUGCUGCAGGCUGUAAAAUACAAUAACGGAGUCAAUGUUGCCCUUGCUGCCCUUUCCCUAAGAACUAUAUUAAGAAGUUUUGUAGGUCUGCAAGAAAAGUAACAAGAAGUACCAAUCUCCGUCUAUGGCUUUGCUAGAGGCAUCUUGAGUUUAUUUCUUACUAGAAAAGAUCAUGAUUGACUUCCCUCAGGAUAUCACGCUGUCUAAGUUGAUCAUUUUUUAGAGCUAUUCACAAAGCUGUUGACUGUAUCAGAGAAAGCCCUAAUAUUUGAAUAUUUAUAGACUUGAGUACAAAGUAUGAUAAAUUCAGGUGGUAACCAAUUAUUAUUCUCAUUAGUUUAGUUUAGUAUUUUGAUCAAUCCAUGCUCUAUGAAAUGCCCAAAUUUCCAACUAAUAGUCACAUCUGAGGUACUUGUACUUGUUAAAUUCAGUGACAACUGAUUAAGAGAAUUGUCACUAAUUCAUUUCAAGUCAAUCAACAAUGUUUUUACUCUGCACUAUUGAAAAAACAAUAUUUGAAACAAAAAUCUGUAUAAAUGAGAGUGUCAUUUACAGCCACUUCACUCGAGCCAACAGGGAAUCACUAUGUACACAUUUAUCUUUUGCUAUAUGUAUAAACUAUGUGUAUAAAUCCAGGAAGCUGUAAUAUUUAAAGUCCAACUGAAGUUUUCUUGUCUGCUACAGCAUAGAUAUCUGCUUUUAAACAACGACGCACAUUUGCUUUCCUGCUAACAAUUCCUUCUUAUCUCACCUACAAAGUUGAAAAUACACAUCUUGCGACCGUACAAACAUUCACUGAGGAAAAGUGCACUGCUAACAUUGGUUAGCUAAAUAGCUGCUCAGCUGCAGCACAUUAAACAGCAUGUAGAAGUACCUGCAAACAGAACUUUGGUUUGGUUAGAUGCUGGUUUAACACCGUCUGCACAUGACAUGUACAAUUACAGAACAACUUUAUCCCUACGGUGUAACACCGGCACUCUGACAGCCUGCAAGCUGCUGUCGAUCAAACAAAGACACGCCUCUCCAGCUGGCUGAGAC